AUGCAGGUCUCUCCGACUCAAGCGCACGAGAAAGCUCCCCCUCUGCCAUACAAUGCCCAUGAGGAUGGCCUUUCCGAUGCCGAGCGGAUUCGCCGGCAAAUCUUGAACAUGCCCUUCACGCGCAACUAG